CUGUUUUACAAAGUGCUGAAGAAAAUGUUUCCUCUCGUCUGUUUGUGCUCAUGGAGUCUGGCUGGUGUGUUUGGUGAAGAAGUGAAGUCAGUGUUGGUGAUGGAGGGAGAUUCUGUCACUCUAAACACUGAUGAUACUGAUAUACAGAAAGAUGAUAAGAUACUCUGGAGAUUUGGAAAUGACAUUCUCAUCGCUCAAAUCAACAGAAAGAACAAUGAGAGCAAGUUUUAUAAUGAUGGUCCUGCUGGUAGAUUCAGAGACAGACUGAAGCUGGAUCAUCAGACUGGAUCUCUGACCAUCGGGAACAUCACAAACACAGACUCUGGACUUUAUAAAGUAACCAUCACCACCAAACAGACGCCGCUCAACACAUUCAAUCUUACGGUCUAUGAUCGUCUGGCAAUUCCUGUCAUCAGCAGUAACUCUUCACAAUGCUCUUCAUCCUCCUCAUCCUCAGAGCAGAAUUGUUCAUUGGUGUGUUCAGUGGUGAAUGUGGGUCAUGUGACUCUCUCCUGGUACAAAGGAAACAGUUUAUUGUCCAGCAUCAGUGUGUCUGAUCUCAGCAUCAGUCUCUCUCUACAAGCCUCCUACAGUCACCUACAUAACAAUUUACUGAGAGCUCAAACAAUAAUCAGAGAAGUCUAUAUCUGCUGCUGUGGUUUUACUGAAGCUGCGAUCCGAUUGGCUCUCUCUGCUAUGGUGGGCGUGGCUGCUGUUGCUGUGCUGGCUUAUGAAUUCAGAUCCAGAAACCUUCAACAGAGGAGAAGAGAGAAGACAAGAUCAUCAAACUCUGAUUAA